AUGUCUGAGAAGACAAAAGCGGACGCCACCUUGGCAGCCAAAAAUUCGCCAGGGAAAGAGAAAAAUGCGGGAGCUGAAAAGGCAGAUGAUGCAAAGUCAGGGCGGUCCCUGGUUAAGUUUGUGGUGGACACGCCAGAGAAGACAGAAGAAAAAAGGCGUACCUCGGCUAGGUCUGUGGCAGACACACCGGAGAUCUCUUCACCUAGGAGGACUACAAGGUCCGUGGUGGAGGAAUCUAUACAACCAACUGCAGGCUGUAUGAGACGACUGAAACCAGGACUGAAGAUCCAUUUGAAGAUGUUGAUGGCUACAGCUUUUUUAGAAAGACAUAGUAAACUGUGUGCUGGCAAGAAAGCUUCCGAAUCUAGACUCUCCGUGAACACGCUCAGAGCCGAAAGUGGCUCGGCUACGCCGAAUUCUACGACAAAAUCCAGCACGGCCAGCGGCACAAGAUCUGCCAAAACACUAACGCCAUCUUUGGACACCAGUCGUAACACACGAUCGUCUCAAAAAUCUGUUCCCACCCCAACUCCUGCUGACUCCAGUAGUAGACCAGCCAAGAAAGUCGAGGCUAAGACUGUUUCACAGACAGAAAACACUAAGAAACCAGUCAAGCCUGCCACCAAGUCAGCGCCGGUGGAACGCAAGACUUCUCCCACAAAACCCUCUUCCCAGACUGAUGAUGAGGAGGAGACAAUUGUCCGUAAAGCGAGACCGUCACGCCGCAGUGCUAAUACGUCUUCCUCGGCAUCCGUUCUGAUGUCCCCGCCCGCCUCCGCUGCACGAGUUAACCGUGCCUUCCUUUCCCAGUCCAGCACGCAGUCAGCAAGGUCACCGGGGCAUGGCGGGGUCAAAUCCAGGUCACCGGUGCUAGGUGGGGUCACGGUCCAGGGAUCAAGCAGUCAAAGUCAGGAGACGCCGGCAACCCGACGUAGCGUCAGCGGUUGUGGAGACAUGGGCAGCCCUGUCAGAAGUUCCCUGUCGCUGAUAUCCACCCAGCCGUCCCAGUCUACCGGUUCCAAGUCUACCGGUACCCAGUCUUCCACCGCGUCUCGUGUCUCCAGGAAACCGGCUGACGCCAAGAGGAAGGCAGGGAACCAUAUCCGCUAA